AUGAAUACUACCACGAAUACUACGAAUACGAAUACGAAUACCAACGAUGAUGAUGAUGAAAAUUUCCUUCUCAAAUCGAGGAAAGAAAUGCUCGACUCCUUCCUCUCCCCGGAGUGUGAUUUUACGAGAGAGCUCGUGGAACGAGCGGCUGCUGCUGCUGCUGCGACGACCACCACGACCACCACGAGUACGACGACGAGUGCGACGACGACGAUGGUACAGUUACACGCACCUCCACUGAGGAGCAAACGAGACAGAUUUAUGAGCGCGUUUAAAGGACAGAUAAAACCGUUGCAAAGCCAUCGGUUGUUGGACGAACGGGAGAGGAUAUUAGCGCUGAGCCAAAUGCCGUUGAAAUGGAACCGGAGGAAGAAGUUAAAGAAGAAGAAUGAGAAAACAAAAACGAACAACGAUGGUAAUAACAAUAAGAAUAAUCAUAAUAGCGAGGAGGAGGAAGAAGGAGACAAAAUAGAAUUAGAGAAAGCGGACGAAAUGCAUCGGAAAAUGGUGUUGACGAUUUACGCGAAACUCACGGGAGACUAUCGCGAGGAGGAAAUCGACGCCGUCGGGAAGCACUGGGAAACGAUCGGUUUCCAAGGUGAAGACCCGAGCACGGAUGUGAGAGCGUGCGGAGCGUUAGCCGUGGCGAACAUGGUGUCGUUUGUAUUGUUUAACGCGGCACCUGCGAUACCCGCCGCGGCGAGCGCCGCGAGUGGGAACGCGAACAACGGCGUCACGCUCGGCCGAAACGCCGUGGCUGUCCACCGUCUUUCCCGGUGCCCAGGCCAACAGUUUCCAAUGUGCGCGUUAGGCGUCACCUUCACCAGCUGGUCCAUUCGUGUCCUCGAGAAUGGUUUCCUAAACGAGCACAUAAACGACCGGAACUCCAAGUUCAACUCCGUCUGGGAUUGCCUCGACAGUUAUUACGUCGGCGUGUGGAACAUCUUUUAUAAAACCUGGAAACGCGGGAAGUAUUCCUUAAAAGACGCCAGCGCGGUCUUGAAACACUUAGAAAAACACUUAGCGUGCAGAACCGGGGUUAGCAAAGCCAUUCGCGCCAGCGAGCGGGUUUUGGAUAUGUAA